UCACGUGACAUUAAUAAAUCUCCAGGGCUCACUCGUUAACAUCCAAAUAUUCCGUCCUCCAUCAUUUCAUUAAGCACGUAUCUAUAGGUUUCUCACUCUCCUCACCAUGGACCCUCAGCAACCCACAUCCCGGGCUUUGCAAGCCCGCAUAAACACCAACGUCGCGCAGCUGCUACAACGAUUCGAGAAUAUCAUGGCAACCGCAACGGUCGAUAAUACAAGCUUCACAUCCACAGCCAUCGAAACAUAUCAACUCGACGUCGAGUCUACUGCUCUUAUUCGCGCCGCGGAAGAUAUCCUCUCGUUAACACGGACAAUGAAGGAAGCAUGGCUAUUUGGCAAAUUAGACACCCUGGGCGAGGAUGAGAGGGAUGUACAAAGGAGGGAGGGUCUGGAGAGGGAUGCGCAAGCGGUCAAGAAUGCCAUUGAGAAGGGGGGCGUGUUGUCAAUGGAAUAAGUUAUCAAAACAGCCGGACGCGCGUGUUUUGUUCCCUGCAUUCUCAUUAUUUUUUUCCCCCUUCAGUGCGAUAUAUUAUCUGAUCAUGGUGUUAUUUUGGCUGCAGUGGCGUUAAGGUAUUUGUGAUUUUUGCAGUGGGAUUGGGAAAGGAAUCGGCGUUGGGCAAGUUUGUGUUUUCUAUUUCAGUUGAAUCUAACAAAUAAUGAUAUUUGGAGCAGAGGUAUUUAUUAUAAUCAUAAAUCUAGAUCAAUUCUACACAAGAACAAUUCAAAUUUCC